CAAUUCGAUUUAUUGAUUCUGUGUGACGUUUAAUAAAUUCGUGAAAAAGUUAAGUGUCUGGAAAUCUUUGGAUGAACUAAAUUUUUCUGUGCAACCAAUUAUACCAGAAUUUGAUAGUUUAUUGUUCUGAAAUUAUAAUAACGUAUUUCUACUCCUCCUCUGUGCAACCAGAGAAGCAGCAGCCGCACAUAAUUCUGUGUACACAAUAAAGAGGGGGCAGGCAAUAGAGGAAUUCAAGUGAUAAGGAGUCGGCAGCAAGAGGGGGCGUUAAGGAAUACAUACGACGAUAACAGAAUUGCGAGAAAACUAAUUUCUACUUAAGCGUAAAUUAUAACACACGAACAAAUAGCUGUUAUUUUCGACUUUCGAGCAUAAUUAAUAAACUAGGUUCACGUUUGCUGGUAUAGCUUAAUGUAAAAACUGUCUCUUAUCUGGCAGAAGAAUUUUUUGCAUAAGGCUUACGCCCCUUUUCGGCCAUUGAUUCGUUGAAACUUUACCGAAAGUAGAACAACUAUCAUUAAGAAAUAAGUAAAAUUUAUCGCUUGCAAUGAAUCCUGCAACUGAUCCAUGGGUUAUCACCCAACGAGAGAAAAUUAAGUAUCAGGAGCAAUUUAAAGCACUGCAGCCUCAAGGAGGUUUUGUAACCGGUGCACAGGCGAAAGGUUUCUUUUUGCAGUCACAAUUGCCACCGCUUAUUCUCGGACAAAUAUGGGCACUAGCUGACACCGAUUCUGAUGGCAAGAUGAACAUCAAUGAGUUCAGUAUUGCAUGUAAACUAAUUAAUUUAAAACUUCGUGGAAUGGAAGUGCCGAAAGUGUUACCACCUACAUUACUCGCAUCACUAACUGCGGUUGGUGGCACCCCUACAAUGACUCCUACUGGUACAGGUAGCUUAAGUCCUCUGGAUCCGCUAAAAUCGCUUUCUACUGCUGUUAAGCAACCUGUAGUCCCCAUAUCCGGUGCUACUUUGCCAGGUGCUGUACCGGCUGUGCCAGGUAUUGUGCCAGGGACCUUACCAGGUGUGUUGCCGCAAUCUAUACCAGUUGCAAUGGCGCCAGGGGUUGUUUCCGGAAUCCACUCUGCAGGAAUGCCCGUCAGUGUUGCAGGCAUUGUACCACCAGUUCCAGGUGGGGUACCGAUUCCUGGCAUGGUACCAAUGGCAGUAUCCGUUGCAACUGGAGUCGCACCACCACCUAUGAUUUCUUCUAUACCAGCGGUUGUUUCACCGCCAAAUAGUAGUGAAACAGCCAAAGUACCGGCAACACCAACUCCACCACAAAGCAACCCACCCAGUCGCCAUAUGUCAAUUUCAGAACGCGCGCCAUCUAUCGAAUCACCUCAAAGUGAAUGGGCCGUCAAAGGUCCAGCUAAACGUAAAUACACACAAGUCUUCAACGCAACUGAUCGUACACGUUCUGGAUAUUUGACUGGGGCACAAGCCCGUAGCAUACUUGUACAAAGCAAGCUACCACAGGUCACACUAGCGCAGAUUUGGGCACUCUCCGACUUGGACUCGGAUGGUAGACUAAGUUGUGACGAGUUUAUUUUGGCUAUGUUCCUUUGUGAUAAGGCCAUGAAUGGAGAAAAAGUGCCAGUUUCAUUGCCACUUGACUGGAUACCACCCAGCUUUCGAAAAGUAAAAUCGCGACAAGGAUCUGUUUCGGGGCCGGGUUCACGCACUGGCUCGACACCAGCAUCCCGUCACGCUUCAGUUUCUUCACAAGGCGCCGUUGAUGCGGAUCCAGCAGCAGGUUUACCUCAAACAACGUUUGAAGAUAAACGCAAGGAGAACUUUGAUAAAGGUCAAGCAGAAUUAGAUCGAAGGCGUAAAUUACUACAGGACCAACAGCGUAAAGAGAAGGAAGAACGCGAGCGCAAAGAGCGCGAGGAGGCAGAGAAGCGCGAGAAGGCACGCCUUGAAGCCGAGCGUAAGCAACAAGAAGAAUUGGAACGGCACUUGCAAAAGCAACGAGAAUUAGAAAUGGAGAAGGAAGAACAACGAAAACGAGAGCUUGAAGCUAAAGAAGCAGCUAGAAAAGAGCUGGAAAAGCAGCGACAAAUGGAAUGGGAGCAAGCACGUAUAGCUGAAAUGAACGCUCAAAAGCAACGUGAACAGGAACGUGUAUUAAAACAAAAAGCGCACAACACCCAACUCAAUGUCGAGUUGAGUACAUUAAAUGAAAAAAUUAAAGAUUUGUCCCAACGAAUUUGCGAUACGCGUGCCGGCGUAACUAAUGUUAAAACCAUAAUUGAUGGUAUGCGCCAACAAAGAGAUUCUUCAAUGAGCGAAAUGACGCAACUUAAAUCACGUAUAAAGGAACAAAAUGCCAAAUUGCUUAUGCUUACUCAAGAACGUUCAAAGUGGGAAGCUAAGAAGACUAUAGGCAUGACAAACGAUAGUGCACAACAAGAGCAACUGAAUGCCGCUUUUGCCAACAAACAGCUUAUCAUAAAACAAUUGAAGGACAAAGCUGAAAAUAUACGCAAAGAAAUCGACUCUAAAAAAGAAGAUAUUAAUUCGAACGAUGUACAAGUUGCUGAAGUAAAAGGCGAAUUGUCGGCAUUAAUAACCAAAUGUGAGGAGUUAUAUGCUGACUAUGAUACACAACGCACACAAGUGCUCGAAUUAAAAUAUAACAAAAAGAAUGAUAAUGUCUCAGCUGCGACAUCUGCUUGGGAUACUGGUUCUGCUGCCGCCUGGGGUACCAGCGUUGAUCAGUAUGCACUCUCAAAUGACACUAGCGCUUUAACAGAUACAACAGCAACUAAUGUUGCGCCUGUGGACACCACUGGUCCAGCUCCCGAAGGUUUUGUCAAAUAUCGUGCGGUAUACGAAUUUACAGCACGAAAUCAAGAUGAAAUUACAUUUGUGCCUGGCGAUAUAAUUCUAGUGCCAUUGGAACAAAAUGCUGAACCUGGUUGGCUGGCAGGCGAAAUAAAUGGGCAUACCGGUUGGUUCCCAGAAACUUAUGUGGAGAAAAUCGAAGACGAGUAUGCGAGUACAACAACAACGACACAAGAUAUUGCGGCAGACGCGGAUGCGAAUGCGCAAAUAAGUGGUUAUGCAGUACAAGACGCCUUCAAUGAUAAUAGUGAAAGCCUAGCCGCCGAUGCACAUAACGGUGAAGUGGAGUACUACAUCGCUGCCUAUCCAUAUCAGUCCUCCGAAUCAGGCGAUUUAAGUUUCAACGCAGGCGAGAUGGUGAUGGUAAUAAAGAAGGAAGGUGAUUGGUGGACAGGCACAAUUGGCACACGAACAGGUAUGUUCCCGUCGAAUUAUGUGCAAAAGGCUGAUGUUGGUACAGCGUCGGCGGAUGUUUCGGCGGAAAUAGCCAACGCUUUUGAUGAUCAAAAGGAAAAUGGCAACGCCGAUAUUACCGCUGGUAUCGCCGCCAUGACAGCCACAACAUCACAUGACCAAAUUACAACAAAUGACACUACAACAACAGCAAUUGAUACAGCCAUACCACAACAGCAACAGCACCAGCACCAGCAAGAACAACAGAAAAUUAGUAGCGGCAUAAGCGCCGAGGCGAUUGUUGAUAAUAGCAGUGCUGCGGCUGCGGCAGCCGAAGAGACGCGCACAAAUGAAGACUUGGACACUGAAGUCUCACAAAUUAAUACACAAUCGAAGAGUCAAAAUGAUACAGCGGAAUCAUAUAGUCGCCCAAUGUCACGCACUUCUUCCAUGACGCCUGGUAUGCGUGCCAAGCGCUCAGAAAUUGCACAAGUCAUUGCGCCCUAUGAAGCCACAAGCGCUGAACAACUUUCACUGACACGCGGCCAAUUGAUAAUGAUACGUAAGAAGACCGAUUCGGGUUGGUGGGAAGGUGAGCUGCAGGCGAAAGGACGGCGUCGUCAAAUCGGUUGGUUCCCAGCUACUUAUGUGAAAGUGCUGCAAGGUGGACGCAAUAGUGGGCGUAAUACGCCAGUCUCGGGUAGCCGCAUCGAGAUGACCGAGCAAAUAUUAGACAAAGUCAUUGCAUUGUAUACAUACAAGGCGCAGAACGAUGAUGAGCUCUCCUUUGAAAAAGAUGAUAUUAUCAGUGUAUUAGGCCGUGAUGAACCCGAGUGGUGGCGUGGUGAGCUGAAUGGCCUAUCCGGCCUAUUUCCAAGCAAUUAUGUCGGGCCGUUUGUGACUUCCGGUAAGAAGGCCAGCGGUGGCAAAUAAUGUGGAUAAAUUAUUGAGUGAAAAAUGUGAAAGCAAUGAUUUAUUUAAUUAUAAUAGUGCUUAUAUUUAUUUACAUUUUAAGUUCAAUAUUUUAAAGCUAUCAUAAGUUUAUAUUAUUAUUUGAUCAAAGCUCUCUUUUUGCAAUAUACGCACAACGUUGGUGUAGUAGUUAAGGCGAAAGUUUCUACUGCAAUCUAUAUGAACAUAACUUUAUGACUAAUGCGCCAUAUGAAUUACUAUUUCUUUAUCAUUUGUUAAUUUAUUUUAUUUUAUUUUUGCUUCGCUGUCGGAAUAUAUGGUUUAUAUUAUGUACAAUGGCUAGUUAGUGUAUUGUAUAUUGUUUUGCUCUCAUUAGUUAUUAAUACGAAAAUAACAUAGUAAAUUGACUGGUACAUUCCAUUAUUUUGCGUUUUGCGCUGCAUUAGAACGCGUCCAACGCGAGUCAAUUAAUUCUUAAGCAUAGCUGUAAGCGUUAGCCUAUUUUUAUACUUACGUAAAAUGCUCACGAUGUGUUUGAUUUAUGAUUCGAAUGUUUCCAUUUAUUUGAAUUCCCUUUAUUCUGUUCUGUAAAAAGUUUCGUAAAACUCCAAAAACUGCAACUAUCGAAUGUUCACUUUUGAAAAUGUAGUAAUUAUGCGUUUUAAGUGCUUGUAAAUAGAUUUCAAUAAUGCAAUAUUAUAAUUUUAAUCAUAUAUAUAAUUAUGAAUAAUGUAUUUUGGUUACUUGUUAUUGUUUUUUAAGCAAAUCGUAAGCUUAUUUUUGUUUACAAUUAGCUAAAACACAAGAACGUGUGUAUUAAUUGCUAAAAACUUUGUAAAUAUUUAUAAUUUACGUUAUUAGUUUUUUAUAAAAUAUAAUUUUUAUGUUCGCCUACUAUACUAGGGUUAACUAAUUAGUUUUUAAUUAGAAAUUGGCACACUUGCGUGUAAUGUGUGUAAUAUAAUAUAAUGCGUCAAUAUUAUUUAUAAUUCAACUGUAAUAGUUUCGUUUGAAUUCUGUAAUAUAUAUUUUAUACUCCAAUAAACAAUUUCAUGUUCAUU